AUGGCCCAUCGACCACCCUCGUUCCCGCCACUCGUCCCAACCCCGAAUCGACUCGGGUUCCGUGCCCCAAUGCUGGCCGCCGCGGACGUGGUGGCCGAGGCCGGGGUCGUCGUCGGGGUGGUAGGACCCAGAGUGCCCAAUGAGGACAGGGCUGCGAAUGACAAGGCAACGGAGACGCACCUCCGACGUCUUUGCGAAGUAUUGGCCGCCUGGGACACGGGAAGCUCCAAGAUGAACCUUGGAAUUGGGUUCGGUUCCCCAUCGGAUUUGGAAAACGACGAUGAGAUGUCUUGGAAACAUCUCGAAGAGCAGCGGUACGCUGAUUCUUUCCUUCGCAUUCCGAGAAUGCAUGGCACGCUCGAAGUCAACGCCGCCCUUCGGACACUAUCCACACAGACACCCUACCUUGAUGUUCAACUCUCACUCCAGUCUCCAUCGGGUCAGUGGUACUUCAGAUGCAAUGACGCUAACAAUGCCUACCACAUCCCCCAGUCAGAUAUCCCCCUACCCCAUGACGCACCGUCUCUUAUGCCACCUGGCUAUGGGUCCGAGGAGGACACGCAGGCGGCCCUCGAGCAUGCCGCCGCCAUGGAACGGCCAGCAUUUACGUCAUAUGGAGCAUUCGUUGGACUCCAUGACCCCUGGUUUAGACAAUACCCGAAUGAUCAGGCGAUUAACCCGGUGCUCGAAGCAUUUGGCAAGGCGCUCGCAGAGAUGCCAAAGUUGAAAAGAGCCGAACUGCAGUUCAAGAGACCAAGAAGCUACAUGUUUUUGGCGUAUGCAGCACCAGGGCAAGUUGGAAGAAGCUACGUCGCGAGAGCCGAGUGCGAAGUCCUCCAGAUUCAGCCCAGUCAAGGCUGCCACCAACUUGCAGAGGGAUGCGGCAUCACCUCUGAGCAGCUCAUAGCCUAUAACCCCAAGGAUAGUCUCUGCACCACUCUGCGUAUCGGCCAGAGGGUAUGCUGCACUCCCGGUGACCUGCCGCCCAUCCGAAACAACCCGGAUGGGAGCUGUAAAGAGGUAACCCUCACAGCGGGCAUGGACUGCGAUAAGACCGCCGCCGCCUGCGGCGUUUCGCUCCCGGAGCUCCAUAAUUUCAACAACAAAACACAGUUCGAACUCUGUAGCAAUUUGAAGGCCGGAACCGCCACUGAAGAUCUACUUGUCGCCAUGCGUUUCUCCCUCGUCGCACUCGUUGUUUCCGCUACGGCUGUCCUUGCGGCACCAGCGCCUGAAUCCAACGCGAACCAUCUCCAGGCCCGCGCCAUCAUCUGUGACCGCACGACUAAGAACAACUGCCCCGCUGACUGCCUUGCGUCUUAUCAUGGUACUCAAAUGAACUGCGCAAAAUCAGUUGCGAGCGGAGGCGCCGACGCUGAUGGCAACGAUUACGGGACGUCCAGGCCCUCGCUGGUCCCCCACGACAGCGACACCGGGACAUUCAAGCGAAACCUGGGCGUGUUUGAUGCUUUUGGCAUCAUCAUCAGCAUAGUCAUAGGUAGCGGUGUAUUUACGUCGCCCGGGGCUAUUGACAGCAAUGUUCCUUCGCCAGCAAUGGCUUUAGUGAUUUGGGUUCUGGGGGCGUAUUGGCCUGGACGGGCGCUACAACCUUGGCCGAAUUGGGAACCGCAAUUCCGGGAGAAGCCCUAUCUACAGUACAUCUUCGAUGACGUCCUUGGCUUCUUGGCGGCAUGGACAUGGAUCAUCGCCGUCAUGCCCGCCACGUUAGCCAUUCUCAGUAUCGUCUUCGUUGAGACCAUCUUCUCAGCCGCGGGAUCGACAGAGGGCAACGGGGGCCUGCUGCACAAGUUGUUAUCCAUCCUUAUUCUGCUGGCGAUGACGGCCGCAAACUCCAUCAGCACAAAGGCGAGCACACGCCUCAACAGCUUCUUUGUCGGCACCAAGUUUAUCAGCAUCCUAGCUAUCGCUGCAGCGGGCCUGGCUGUCGUCGUCGUUCAACUCUCGAACCCGGAUCGGGAAAUCGGUGGCCGGGACUGGUAUCGCAAGUCCUGGUUUGACUAUCGUGACACAGUGGACCCGUCGGGCCAUAGGACGAACUGGGGAGAACUGAAUGCCUGGGAGAUUCUGGGAUACCUAUCUGCCGCGUUGUACGGAGCUCUAUGGGCAUACUCGGGCUGGGACAAAGCUAUCUAUGUUUCCGAAGAGUUGUCUUCCCCGAACCGACAACUUCCUCUGGCGAUCAACACCGCCAUCCCCACGGUCAUUCUCUGUUUUAUUGUCGCCAAUGCUGCGUACUAUGUGCUUUUGCCUUGGGACUCGAUUUCGACCACCGAUAGCGUGGCAGUGACCUCUAUCGCUCGACUUCUCGGCCCAGCCGCCGGUAUCGUAGCGGCGGCCCUAGACUUGGUUCCCCCGUUUUUCACCGUCAUUGGCCGGGUCGGCUUUGGAUCGAGGAUCGAGGGAGAUCAACUGCCCAAUGCGGCGGAAGGCGAUUCCGACGCCCCAUUGAACGCGCUGAUCCUCUCCGCCAUCCUUUCCUCGCUCUACAUCUUGCUCGGAAACUUCCGCGCCCUCUUGCUCUUCAAUGGCCUCGGGGAAUACACCUUCUUCUUCAUCGCUGUUUUGGGGGUUGUGCUCCUACGCUUCAAGCAGCCGGAUCUCGUCCGCCCGUACAAGCCCCCAUUCUGA